UCGAGCGGUUCGCCAACUUAAAGUUCGCCAACUAGACUUUUAGUAUCGCAAGAUCACUCGACGCCGAUCGGUGUCAGUUCAGCUGCCUUUGCUCUUGAUUUAUAUAGCCACCGUUUUGGGGGUCGUUCAGUCAGUAGAACUCUGGAAUCGGUGGUGAAAUGAGCACCCUAGCCCUGAUCGCAUUCGUCCUUUGGGCAUUUUUCCUGCGCCACAUUCCGCAGAUCCUGAGUUUCCUGCGACUUCAGAGAUUCGCUAAAACGCUGCCGGGUCCAACAAUUGGCGAGCUGAUUGCCAAUGUCAAGAAAGGGGAAAUCCUCAACUGGCUAAAGGAACUUCGGGAAAAGCAUGGUUCGGUCUUCCGAAUUUGGUUCGGUAAGGAUCUGAUGGUGAUGUUCACGGAUCCCGAGGACAUAAAGCAAGUCCUGGGAAAUAACCAACUGCUCACCAAAUCGCGGAACUACGAAUUACUGGAACCCUGGCUGGGAAAAGGUCUUCUUACAAAUGGAGGCGAAUCCUGGCACAGCAGGCGAAAGCUCUUGACUCCGGGUUUUCACUUCCGCAUCCUUGGAGAGUUCAAGGAGCCCAUGGAGGAGAACUGCCGCAUCCUGGUGCGCAGACUGCAGACCAGGGCCAAUGGCGAAUCCUUCGAUAUCUAUCCGUAUAUUACUUUAUUCGCAUUGGAUGCGAUUUGCGAAACGGCAAUGGGAAUUAAAAAGCACGCCCAACUGCAAAGCGAUUCGGAUUAUGUGCAGGCUGUUCAAUCUAUCUGCCGGGUGAUGCACAAGCAGAGCUUCUCCUUUUGGCAGCGCCUCAAUGUGUUCUUCAAGCACACGAAACUGGGAAAGGAGCGCGAUGCUGCUCUGAAGGUGCUGCACGACGAGACCAACCGGGUGAUCCGACUGCGGCGGGAACAGCUGAUCCAGGAGCGAAGUGAAUCCCGUCCGGAGGCGGAACAGGAUGACAUUGGCAGCAAGAGGCGACUGGCCUUUCUGGACAUGCUGCUCCUCACCCAAAUGGAGGGGGGAGCGGAGCUCAGUGACACGGACAUUCGCGAGGAGGUGGACACCUUCAUGUUCGAGGGACACGACACCACCAGCUCGGCAAUCGCCUUCGCUCUCAGCCUGAUUUCCAAGCAUCCGGAGGUGCAACAGCGUGCCUUUGAGGAGGUCAGCGAACUGGAGGGCAGGGAGAAGGAAUCGAUGCCCUAUUUGGAGGCCGUGAUCAAGGAGACACUGCGCAUUUAUCCCUCGGUGCCGUUCUUUUCGAGAAAGGUCUUGGAGGAUCUGCAGGUGGGCAAGUUGACGGUGCCCAAAGGCGCCUCCGUCAGCUGCCUCAUCUACAUGCUGCACCGCGAUCCAAAGAACUUUCCCGAUCCCGAGCGAUUCGAUCCCGAUCGCUUCCUGCUCAACGAGAAGCAAAUGCAUCCGUUUGCCUUCGCCGCAUUUAGCGCCGGUCCCAGGAAUUGCAUAGGCCAAAAGUUUGCCAUGCUGGAGUUGAAGACCUCCUUAUCGAUGUUGCUGAGGAGCUAUCGCUUUUUACCCGAUGAAGAUCAUCGGCCAAAGCCAUUGGCAGAAUUGGUGACUAAGAGUGGCAACGGAAUUAGACUUCGGAUCCUGCCGCGUGACCAGAACGGAACCUCAACAUAACACCAUUAUACCCACAUUGUUUCAUAGCUUCAAGACCCCAUUAUAAGUUAAUUAGGUUAGGCUAACAAAAACAUACAUAUUUUGUGUAAAAUGAGAAUCAUUGUGACGCACUUGAGAGGCGCAGCUGGUGGUCUUUUUUUUUCGUUAUCAUCGCUGACAACCUUGCCAUAUAGAUUAGAAAAAAACUUGGAUUAUCAUUUGUUUUUUUUUUUUUUUUUUACGCUUUGUUUAUUUUUCGCUUUGAACUUUGAAAAAUACAAUCGAUCAUAUACAUAUAUACACGGUUAGAGAGGUAUAUAUAUAAUAUAUGUGCAUGUAUAUGGGGGCUGGGCUUUAUUUUGUGGUUUACAUCCAGAACCAGCGAACAAAAAAAUAGUUUUAUGUAUAUGUAUGUAUAUAUAUUUUUUUUUUUGUGUACGCCAAUAACUCUGCCUAUAAACUACAUACACAGACAAACUUAUUGCUCUCCAGAGUCCUCGAAAAAAACCCAAAACUCUCUAUAUUCCAUGCUCCGUGUUCCCUGACAAUUCCUUAAUCUUAAUCGAUCCCAUCCGAUUUUGGAUUACGACCUCCUUCCUCGUCCCUUUCUUGAUUUCGUGUACAACUAGUUAAAUUCCUUUACCAUAAAUAUAUAUUUAUUUACUUUUGUUAGAUGUAUGAUCGUAGUUUUCUGAUAGAUAUUCACAUAUAUGUUUGUUUUUUCUUGUUAUUUAAUUUAUUCUUGUUUUUUUGUUGUUUUGGUUUAGUUGGUAUAGUAUACUAUAUCCCUAACUAGAUUGCCUUCAAUUUCUGUUUGUGUUUCGUUUGUUGUGCCCUUUCAGUGGGCCCACAUGAAGUCAAGUCCCGAUCUGUGUAUAUAUAUAUAGUAUAUAUAAUAUUUGUUUUUAACUAUAGGUUUGUGUAAGCGAGUUUUUUGUUUUUGUUUGGCGCUGUCUGCCUUAAAGCUUAGCAGGAAACAAUUUGUCUAUGGGCUUAGUUAGAGGCGGCUAAUGAUAUGAUUUGGCUAGAAUAAGGUUAAGUACAUACAGCUCAUACAUAUGUAUAUAUCAACAAUAUAUAUAUAUAUAGCAUAACUGGUUGGAUACGGGGCUUUCGGGGUCCUUGCAGAUGAUUAGGAAGAAUGGGAAAUACUGCAUAUUUGGCUAUAAUGGCUUAUUAACAACGUUUAUACGCAGGCUUAACUAUUUGGUCUGCUUAUUUAACUGAUUAUUAUUUACAAACAGGCAGCAAAACUUCAAUAUUCUUUGCUCACAAUUUUUGAACCUAACAGGCUAUAUAUAUAUUUCGAUAUUUAUUUGUUACUAGAUACAGACGAAUUUCUUUUUGUGAUUUUUUUAAAUAUUUAUGUUUUGAUAUCUGAUAAUGAAGUUUAAUUUUUAUUGUCUAUAACAAAGAAGUGUAGAUAGUAACACAAUUUAUAAAAGCUUUAAAUUUCCAAAGUCUAAAUGAGUUAUAGGCUUAUACUUUCCUUUCAAGACUUUUUAAGGUGAUUUUAUUUAAAGAUUUCCAUUGUUUGUUUAAUAAAUUUAAUAAAAAAUUUAAAAAUGAAUUAACCGCUUUAUUUAAAAGAUACCCUUUUUGAGGUUUAUAUUGUAUUAAAAACAAGGUUUCAAAUGUUUGUGCGCAUAAACGAAAUAACAUAAUCUAUAUUUU